AGCCGGUCACCAUCAUAACACAACGGCACAGAGUGUUUACCUGCACUUCAAAAUCCCCGCUUAGAAAUUUUUCAUCCGUUUCUUUUGUUUAUAAUGACGGUUUGAUUCAUGGCGGGAAUUAACUCAAUGCUGGCGGCGAGCGCAGGAGAUACAAUUAAAAUAUUCGAUAUAUCAGACGAUGCAGGCGAUCCUUGCAUUUUACAGUACACGCCUACGCCUGGAAAAAAGAUCCUCCAAGUCAAAUGGAACCAUACAAAUUUAGUUGUCGCAAGUGCUGGAGAAGAUAACAAAAUAUCUCUUUGGAAAGUGAGUGGGCAGAGCUUGGGAGUGGUACCACAGUCUGGAAGUGAUGUUGUGGGUAAUAUUGAUGAGUCAAUACUUGGAAUUUGUUUUAACAGUAAAAGCUCCAGAUAUCUUUGUUCUGGUGGAACAGGGAAGGUUGUUAGGGUAUGGGAUUUGCAACGCCAAAGGUGCAUUAAAUGGUUGAAAGGCCACACAGACUCAAUUGCAGGCAUCACAUACAACUGUAAAGGUGAAUGUUUGGCUUCCAUCAGUUAUAACGGAAAUCUGCUUCUUCAUAAUCUUGCUUCUGCAACACGGGCUACAGAACUUAAAGAUCCACAUGCACAGGUCCUAAGAGUACUUGAUAAUUCUCGAACAAGCAGGCAUGUUUUUGUGACAUCAGGAGAUGAAGGGUCAGUACAUCUCUGGGAUACAACUGCUCGCAGUCCAAAGGUUUCAUGGACCAAACAACAUUCAGCACCCACCACAGGUGUCUGCUUUUGCCCCAACAAUGACAAGAUGAUUGUCAGCGUUGGUUUUGAUAAAAAAUUGUAUGCUUUUGAUUCAACAUCAAAAAAGCCAGCAUACUGUAUUCCUUGCGAAGCACCUUUUACUUCCCUGGCCUUCAAAGAUGAUGGAUUGACACUAGCUGCAGGAACAUGCAGUGGCAGUGUUGUGUUUUAUGAUGUCCGUGGUGGACUGCAUCCUUUUACUAUUCUUCGUGCUUAUGGUUCUUCUGAGACCGAGGAGGUUGCAGCAGAGUUGAAGAUGGACUUUGAGGAUCCCUUGUUUGAUGAGAAGAUUAAUCAAGACGAGGAUGUUAUCCUGGAAAAAGAGGAGAUUAGAAGAAUCAAUAGCUUCUUGGAAGUUGAACUUUGGGAGAUUGCAGAAGAGGCAAGUCUUUGCGAAGGCUUGGAAAUGUUGACAGCAGAAGUGCAAGGUGAAGAAAGGGUUGCAGCAGCAGUAGAGGUAGAGUGGUUGGCUUCAAUUGAAGAUAAGGGAGCAUGUCUUUGGAAAGGCAUGAAAGAAGAAAGGAAAGAGAUUGUAGUUGUGGGUGGUGUUGCAGCAUAUGAAGAUGUAGCAGAAGUUAAAUGUCCUUUGGAGGGCAUGAGGAUGAUGGAGAACGUGGAGCAGCCGACCAUAGAGAGAUUGGUUGUAAAGCAAGAGAUAUUGAAGGAAGAAAAUAUUUAA